AAACUGGUCUGUUGACAAAUAUCGGGGGAGGGACCACUGCGGUUGUGUUUUGAAGGCGGUCUCCUUGUGCAAGGCUGUCUGCAAAAAUGAAAAGCCAGCAGAAGAGUCCUGAUCCAGAUGGCAACAUCCCCGUCAACGAAGAAGUGUCAGUCGCCACUGCAGAGGACCCAGCAGCUAUCGCAGCCAUUCAGUCUGCCACCACUUUCUCUGAUCAACCCAUCAAGUAUCUCUUCAAGACAGAAGGCGCAGGCGGACAGGUGGGAGUGACGUACAGGGUGAUCCAGGUGUCCGAUGGCCAGCUGGAGGGUCAGACAGAUGGAGCUGCAGCAGUCAGCCUGGUCACAGGUUUUCCUGCAACAACUCAGGCCGUCACACAGGCUGUGUUCUCUCAGUCUGAAGCUAUGGAGGGAGACGGCACCGAGACACAGUACACCUACUACCCCGCCACCAUCGCCGAAACCACGACCGGCGCCAUGGUGACUACAGUACAGGCCUCAGAUCAGCUACUGGGGCAGACCACGCCCACAGGGCAGCUGUAUGUGAUGAUGUCACCACAGGAAGUGUUGACAGGGUCUAAUCAAAGGACAAUCGCCCCCCGUACUCAGCCAUAUAUCACAAAGCAAGAUGCUCCUCGGGGUUCCCGAGAUGAAAAACGGCGAGCGCAGCACAACGAAGUUGAGCGUAGGCGUCGAGACAAGAUCAACAAUUGGAUUGUGCAGCUGUCGAAGGCCAUUCCAGAUUGUAACGUUGAUUACACCAAGACAGGACAGAGUAAAGGUGGGAUCUUGUCCAAAGCCUGCGAUUACAUCAAGGAGCUCCGACAGAGCAACCUGAAGCUCGGAGAAGAUAUCAGCACACUUGAUCGUCUUCAGAUUGACAACCAGCUCUUGAGACAAGAGGUUGAAGACUGGAAGUCAAAGAAUCAAAUCUUGAGAAACCUGCUUCGACAGCACGGCAUUGUAGGAUCGUCAAGCACAGACCCCCAGUGAGAAACCUGUUGACACGGAGAUAUGAGGACAAACACAUUUGGGCCAAAAGAGUGCUUAAAAUGUUCUGAGAUACUUUAUAUAUGAUUGUGUACGCAUGAAAUGGGGCAAAAGAACUGAAUGUUGUCCAUAAUAUUUAGAUGCAGCAUUUUUGCUAAAUGAAACUUUUGAAUCUUUGCUUUUAAUCGUUUGAACAACUUUGUACGAGGAAUACAUAAUGGCAGUAAUACAUAAUG